UUUGCGAACGAAGCAGUAACCUCUGCUAUAAUCUAACUUCCUCGAUACUCGUGAAAGACCGACCUCUCAAGAGAGCCAUGGAACCUACUAGCUUAAACGACGACGUUGAGUUCCGACUUCCGCCUGAGUUUCUCACUGACGACGACUACAAGCUUUUCGAGGGUGAUGAUGAGUCCACCAACUUGUUCCCCUACGAGCUGAUUCAUGGAUUCGGUUUAGACUCCGGUUUUGAUAGUAGAACCGUUAAGCCAACCGGGGACGAAGUGAAUUUCUUAACCGGAUCGACCAGGAAAACCGCUCGGUCAUCAUAUCUGGAAGAUGAUGUCUCCUGUGGAUUUCUCGGUAACCACGCUUUUCCCGCCGAUAAUAACUACAAGGCGUGGGGUGCGACUCGUUCAAGUCCUUGUAGGGCCGGGGACGGUUACGGUCGCCGGAAUCAGAACUGUCAGACGCGAGUUUCUUCUCAGGCGGCUGCGUGUGAUCUGUAUUGCUCCGCGGUGGAGGAGAAGCUGGCGACGAUGAAUAUCAGCGACGGUUACAACAACAGUGGCAGGGGAAUUGUCGAUCUUCCCAGAAAACAUCCCCUUGCCCCCGCCGCCGCCGCCGCAGUCAGAAACCCUAACGACGACUCUGGCUACUACAGUCGCCAGUCUCUCCAAUACCAUAAGCUACAAGCUCUCCAAUUUCAGCAGCAACAGCUACUGCUGAUGCGGAAAAGAAGAGGAUUGAAGGCUAAUAAUAGCAACAAAAUUGUUACCCAGUCGCCAUCUGUGUGGUCUAAUCAGCAGCCACAGAGAAGUGAUGGUUCGGGCAUGCGUGCUGUUUUCCUCGGAGGAGGUGACCGCACCGGGAAACGUAGAUCAACCGGGACCGGCGUCUUCUUGCCUCGUCGCGUUAACCAUACUUCCCCUGAAACUCGCGAGAAGCCCAGUGUUGCGACGGUUUUGAUUCCGGCUAGAGUGGCGAAGGUUCUUAACCUAGACGAAUCUGUUGUCCAGCCAUCGGUCCGCUCUUCAGCUAGUAGUAGACUCAACGAGCCGUCGUGGAGACAGAAGAGUUACAAUGGCGGAUUCUCGAGCCAGAUGAAGAUGGAGCAAACAGCGAUUGAGCCUCGGUUGCCAUCGGACUGGGCUUACUGACCGAAUCGGGUUGCGUGGGUGUUUUUUUUUUAGGAAAGGUUUGAAGGAAGUAAAAAGGAGGAAUAAGAUUUGGAUUUUGAUGACUUAGGGUAGCGAAAUAGUAGCAAAAUUAGGGUUUAUUAUGGAUAGUGUAAGAUUUGAAGGACCAAGAAAAAUAAAGGAAGGGAGAAAGGUGAAGAAGAUCCUGUGGACAUGACUGGGUUUUGGAUUGUUUUUAACCACACCACUGUUGACUGAGCAAAGCAACAAGAGUCCCUUUUGGCUUUUUGUUGUUUGUUUUUGGUUGUCCAUGGGGAAUUAAAGUCUCAGUUUGUCUCUGGGCUGUUGCUUUAGUAUCUACCCCCUUCUCUCUCCCCCUCGUUUGUUCUCACAACUCUUUAAUCAAUGGGAAGUAUUAGUAAAAAUAAUUUUGUUUGCCAA